AAAAAAUAUAUAUAUAUAUAUAUAUAUAUAUAUAUAUAUAUAUAUAUAUAGAUCUAACGCGAUUUAUAAAUAGAUAUUUUUCAAAUACAUACAUAUAUAUACACAUUGGAUUGGAGGUGCGUAUGCGCAUUCCGCUCGCGAAGAGAUAGGAGACAGCUUAUGCUUGAGUAGAACAACAGCGGCACGUGUGUGUCAUGGCGAACGUUGUCAGGAACGCCGCAAAUUGAACGUCUCGCAUCGCUUAGUCGUAAAACCAACGUAGAUUGACUUGAAAGCGCCACUAUGAAGGAAGAUUCCGUGUUAAGUUUCAAAUGGCAGAGCUUCCCAUCACAUUUGGUAGUCUCGCUCGAUACCUGUUAUGAAAAACAGCAAUUCGUCGAUCUCUCACUGGUGUGCAAAGACAAUACAAUCCUGAAAUGUCACAAGAUGGUACUGGCCAAUGCAAGCUCGUUCUUCCGCCGAUUAAUUAUGGCCAACGAUCAUCCGCAUCCGAUGAUCGUCCUGCAUGACGUCGAGGCCGAUGAUCUCAAAACUCUCGUGAACUUUAUGUACUGCGGCGAGAUACAGGUAGUUCAGAGUGAGGUUAGAAGAUUGCUCAAGCUCGCCGAGACUCUAGAAGUCACCGGAUUGCGGCAUAUCCCAUUGUCAGUACUGUCCGGAGAAGGAACCAAUAACACCGCGAAGGAACAAUGUGAUACGUCGAAAAAAACCGCUACAGUAUCGCGAUUAAAGAUAGAAGAAGCUAGAAGCUCAUCCAGCAAAGGUAUGAGUUCUGAACACGAAAUAAACACAAAAGCGCAGAGCAAAGUACCCAUGCAGCCAAAGCUUAUUCCGAAGAUAAAUCCUCAGAAGACACCGAUUAAAGUUCCUCAUGAUACGACGAAGAAAAAAGAAGAGAUUAAUAUAAAUGAGCUAUGUCAACGACUGGAAAAUAGCAAUUCUGGUAUCAGUAUUGUAGAUAUUAAUGAUAUGCCAAGUACAAGCAAGGGAUUGCCGAAUAUAUCGAAUAUAUUACACAAGAAAAAAGAACCCUCAGAUCCUGUGAUCAGUUGGCCACGUGUAUUAUCCACGAUAUCAAAUGAUAAACCACUACCAUUUAAAAAAUUACGUUGCAUCAUGGACGAAAUAGAGAUUACACCAUCGGGAAAAUCUUCUAUUCCUAUACUAGACAAUAAACAAAAUGAGCCGUUAGACAGAAGGAAAGUUAAGAAGAGUUCCAAUGAAGAUCACAGUAUGAACACAAUUUAUAUAAAAGACGAAAUUGACAUAUCUUCGGACUUGGAAGAAGACGUCGACAUGGAUCCUCUUGAGGUUGACGACAAUGACAAUGAAAAUUCAGAAAGUAGUAAAACGUCUACGCAACAGUUCUUUCCAGAGAUAUUAUUCCAUUCAUUAAACAAAAAUGCUUGUUCUCAUACAGAAUUCUCUACUAGAAAAGAUUCAAACAGUUAAUGUAAAAUUUUAUAAAUUGGAAAAAAAUUAUGCACAAAUCUCAUUUUUAUUAUAUAUUUUGCCAUGUAAUAUACUUUGAUUUUUAUACCUGCAUGACAUGCUGAUUUUCUAUAACUGCUGUCAUUUUUUUGAAUGUUUUAUUGCAUAAUCAUAAUGUUUUUAUAAUAAAGCUAUACAAAGUGAAACUUGUUUUACAAUCUAAAUCCUGUUUGAAAAAUAUUCUGUAAAUAUUUUUAUGCAGUAAUUUGUUGAAUUGACACAUAUAUUAAGUUAAAAUUGAUUAUAUAUAAGAUAUUAUAGUAGAGUAACACUGCAAACCAUAGCAACAUUAUUAUGUUUCUAUGGAAACAAAUUACUUGAUAUUUCUUUCUCUAUAGUGCAUAAGCUGGAUUUCCUAAUUGUUUCUACAAUUUUUAUAUAAAAAGAAAUGGAUGUGAAUAUGAAGAGUGAAAUAAAUUGUGAUAAAAUAGAA